AUUUUGUCCUUUUACGAUCUCUCUCUCUCUCUCUCCCAUGUCCGAGUCUCUCUAAAUCUCUCUCUCUCUCUCUCUGGCAUAAACUUGCAGAAACUGAACAAAGGAGCUACGAGCAAGGGGCAUGUUGAGGAUUGGAUUCAGGAAGAAUGGAAGAAUAUGGAGGAGAUCAUCGUUUUCAUGGGGGCUUAGCAAUGGACUCUCUUCCUCUUCCUCUGCAUCUCCUCCAAGGAAGAAGCUGCAAGGCAAAGUGGCAGUGAUAACGGGGGCAGCGAGCGGGAUCGGCAGAGCAACUGCAGAAACGUUCAUCAGCCACGGCGCAAGGGUUGUGAUAGCUGAUAUCAGAACUCGACUCGGUCAAGAAACCACCCGAGAACUCGGUCCCGACGCAUCUUUCUUCGCCUGCGACGUCACCCGAGAAUCCGACGUCUCCGACGCCGUCGAUUUCGCCGUAUCCCGCCACGAGAAACUCGAUGUCAUGUUCAACAAUGCCGGCAUUCCCUGUCAAUCCCCCCUCAGCAUCGUCGAUCUCGAUCUCGCCCUCUUUGACAAGGUGAUGAACACGAACGUAAGGGGAGUCAUGGCGGGAAUAAAGCAUGCAGCUCGCGUGAUGAUCCCCGAAAGAAGCGGAACCAUCAUCUGCACCGGGAGUGUUACCGGCAUUGUCGGAGGGCUCUCGCAGCACACUUACAGCGUGUCUAAAUCCGCCGUCAUCGGAGUCGUCCGAUCGACAGCUUCCGAGCUCUGCAAGCACGGUAUCCGAGUCAACUGCGUUUCCCCGUUCGCCAUCGCAACUCCGUUCGUGAUGGAGGAGAUGAGGCAGAUUUACCCCGGCCUCGACGACUCGGAGCUCGUUCGGAUGGUUCAGGGCGCCGGGGUGUUGGACGGAGAGAUCUGCGAGCCGAGUGAUGUGGCUAACGCCGCACUCUACCUCGCUUCCGACGAUUCCAAGUACGUGAAUGGGCAUAACCUGGUGGUGGAUGGAGGGCUCACAGCCAUGAGGACUUUGAAUUUUCCCGCACCGCAAUAACGGCUUCGGAUUCAUGUUUUGGAUCCAUUGUAAUAGAUGUUGGAAUCUUCAGAUGGGUUUUAGUUUCCGUUCUGAAAGAAUUCAGUCUCAAAGCAGAUUCAUGUUCUGAAAGAUCUAACUGUUACACAACAUGCGCGAACGGAAACACUAAAUGUUUCGACUA